GAUGACAUGGAUAUGGAUAAGCUAGAUGCAAAGUAUUUCUAUGAUUUGGGUCAAUCUGUUAAUCCAGAAAAUCCGGCUGUAUUUAAUUUGCUGGUGCGGAUGAUAAUUACAAAAAAUGACAAUCCCACUGAAGUCUCUAAACUGCUAUUAAAGGAGCUUGAAACCAGACCAACUGAUGUGAACUUAUGGGUUCGGCUACUUAAACACCUUCUACAAAACAACCUGAUUAAAGAAGCAUACGAACAUGCAUCUACAAUCGAGGAACAAUAUUUGUCUAUUUUUCAUAACGACUUAACUUGGUACGAAACAUUUGCCGAAGUUCUCGUGAGGUUUGAAAGUGACCUUACAUAUAGUUCUCAGCUCACUUGGGAGUUUUGGUUCCUAUCCGUAUCUGUGCUGGAUAGAUUGGUAGCCCUGAGUUUGGAUGAACACUUAGACACUGUAAAAACUAGUACCGAAUAUGUAACUGCAGUCUUCAAUUUCGAUCAAAUGCUGUCUAAAGCCUCGCAGAAUAUUCAGACAUGUCCAGAUCGCCAAUUAGUAACAGUAUUUUUGAGCCAUUAUCACGCUCCGUUAUAUUUCUAUCUAGCCACGCUCAUUUUUAAACAAGCUAAAAAGGAUCUAAUUCAGUUCAAAGAGGCUUCCAAUGUAACCCUUCCCGUUUUGUUAGCGGCUUACCAUUCCUGCCCCCCCGACUUGCAGAGUAUGUGGCUGAUACAAUCUCCAGAAAAUAGGAGACGCCUUGUACAACACUGGCACAAAGAAGCCUCUUAUCGUUGCUCACAAACGGGACACAUCCUUCUAGCUGCUGCUAAGGAUAGAAAGACUAUCGUAUUAGAAAAGGCAACACAGUAUUCAACGGGAAUGUGGCGGGAACAACUCUACAAGAAGGUGUUUGUGAAAAGAGAUCAACAACUCAAAAUAUCGACAAGUUUUUUCGUUUCAAGCUUUCAAGUCUUAGAGCCAGUUAUAAAAUUGCCUGAUCCUCUAGAUUUAGUAAAAUUCGAUGAAGUUGCUCAGCUAGUCUAUCCCGAUUCUCUACACCACUACAUUUGGCUUGGUCUAAACAGUCAGUUAAGCAACAUGGAGGUGAAAUCUUUCGAAGACCUCCAGUAUUCCAUAAAAAAUUUGAACAAUUGUACUCCGGAGGCAUUAAACAUUCUCGAUAUUCAGUCAUUCCUUUAUUGUGCUAUUCUCUGUGCCAAGUCCAAAAUGGAGGAUACUAAAAAUUUGAUUCAUUACAACCACGAUAGGCCUACUGUUUUACCAGCCUGUAUAACGGACCAUUUCAGCACUCUAAACCAGUCAAAAUUUAUAUCGAUCGCUCAUGAAAUGUACAAUAAUGAACAAGUUAAUAUAGGUGAAGUUCAUAUGUAUCUAAUUAAAGCCAUCGAAGUGGUGAGAUGUAUAGGUCAUCACGGUUUGGAUGUCAGAUUAUUAGUGGCUUUAGCGAAAAUAUUUGAAGAACGUUCGAAGAAACUUACCAAACAGUCGGAAAUCGAAUUUAAUGAUGCCAGAGCUGAAAUGUACUGGAAAACUGCCAUGCCGUUUUUGGAGAAAGUGAAAAAUAAUCAGAUGAUUACGUAUUCUAAUAACAGACUGUUUGAAUAUAAAGGGAAAGAUAUAUCUAUUUCCGAGGCAUCAUCUUACAUUGAAAGUGGGAAGUUGUUCACAGCUAUACAGCUGAUGAAGAAGAAGGAAUAUAAAGAAGCGUUACAUCUAUUCGAACAACUGGAAGAUCCUUACGCUAGUUUUUACCAGUCAGAAAUUUAUAAACGCAUGUUUGAUAUAAAAACUAAUCAGAACAAAGAAAAUGUUACAUCGGAAAUGAGCAGUGAAAAUAUUAACUUACUCUCGCGGGCCAGGGACUGCUUAUAUGUCACUGAGAACAGACUUCGUAAACCGGCAGUUGACAAAACCCAUCCCUUAAACUGUCAACUUGGUACUGAAAUCGAGAAGAUAGAAAGCCUUUUGUCCCGCAUUGAUCCUGAUAUUACGAAACACAACAAAUGCGAUGAAAAGUCUAAUGAGAACAUGUACAUUAACAACCAUUUGUCCAGCUCUCUCUUUUCCAGAAAAGACGCUGACAGCAGUGUUGCAAAAUCAAUUCUUGAUAACCAAACAAUCAAGGAUUUCAAGGAAUAUAUUAUGAAUGAAUUUGAUCUUUUCAAGAAAGAGAUAAAGAAAGAAAUCAAUGAGUUAAAAAGUGGAGGACAUAUAUAUGGAGGACCUCAACCAGGUACUCUUCCAUUUGUACCCAACCAACAGCUACCGUCGACUUCUGCUUCCGUCGCUGCUAGCUAUGCCCAACCAAUUUUAGGUGAACCAUCUCACACUCAGGGCUUACCAUCUACAAGUAAAGGUACUCUGUCACAUACAGUCACUCAGAUCAGUCAGUCGAUAGGGGAAGCCCCCAAGACCGUUUCUGCAACCGCCAACACCACCCAAAGCCUCUUCACUUUGACGCCCUCUAUUACAACUACCCCAACUACAAAUAACUCGGAUCCACUACCUACAACCAGAGCACUUACUUCGCAACCAGUUCUGUCGGUUACCCAGAUUCCUGUACUGUCUACAGCCACGACUGCGAUAGCCUCUACUUCUAACGUGUUGCCACCGGUAUUUUCUGCAAUGGCUGAAACAAUGAGUUUGUCUAAGAAUGUAAAUCUAAAUGUUCCGACAGAAGAAACUUUGAGUUUCAACCCCGAAAAUAAUUCAACUUGCAUCGAAUGUCAAGGUCUUGCGGAUAAAGGCGACAAAUGCGAAACUGAACUGCCCUGUGAGGGAGCUGAAUUGACUCAAGAUCCUGCUGAGAAAUCAUCCCAUGGUGCUAUUAGAAAAAGAACAAAAAAAAAGCCAGCUUCAACUAUUCAGCAUGACAGUUCGCCGAUAAGACCACGUACACGGUCUCAGAACCGUUCUAAUAAUGAAAAAUCGUGA